CGCCGAAACAGCUCUCACCUCUCCAACGGAAAGGCUAGCCACUCUUUGUCACUGUCCAUUGUCAACACCAUAUCGCACGCAACAGGCCCCGACUUGCUGUAGCGAGACUCCCAGGCGACGAAACAAAGCCGCGUUUGGCAUACGAUACUGUUCAAUUUACUCGACCACACCAUCCCUCUCUCUUGCGGCACUUUCCAGCCAGCAACAGCACGCGGCACUUCCAACGGUCUGGCGGUCGGCCCUAAUUUCAUCACGUCAUCGAUACUCUAACAACACUGUACAAAAAACACCGCGAUAAAACCCAUCAAACACUAUAAACAUGGCUUCCAGAAAGAAGGUGCUCCUUAAGGUCAUUAUCCUUGGCGAUAGCGGUGUUGGCAAGACGAGUUUGAUGAAGCAAUAUGUCAACAAAGAGUUCAGCGCCAGCUACAAGGCCACAAUCGGUGCCGAUUUCUCCACGAAGGAGGUCCUAGUAGAUGAUAGACAGGUUACCAUGCAGAUUUGGGAUACCGCCGGUCAAGAACGUUUCCAGUCUCUCGGUGUCGCCUUUUACCGUGGCGCCGACUGCUGUGUUUUGGUAUACGAUGUCAACAACGCCAAGAGCUUCGAGGCUCUGGAUAGCUGGAGAGACGAAUUUUUAAUUCAGGCUUCGCCUCGCGACCCCGAUAACUUCCCAUUCGUCGUCCUUGGCAACAAGAUCGAUGUUGACGAGUCCAAACGCGUCAUUUCCAACAAGCGUGCCAUUACCUUCUGCCAGUCCAAGGGCGACAUUCCCUACUACGAGACGAGUGCAAAGGAAGCUAUUAACAUUGACCAAGCUUUUGACGUCAUUGCCCGCAACGCUUUAGCCCAGGAAGAGUCCGAGGACUUUAGCGGCGACUUUGACGACCCCAUUAACAUCCACAUCGACAACGAUAGAGAUGGUUGCGCCUGCUAGACUGUCUUCAAUACGAUAAACCAGGAGGACUUAAUGGAUUCGUGCGAAGCAAUGGUCGGUUGGCAGCAGAGUAUGUAUACCUUUUGUUGAAAGAGGGGGAUUUCACGCGAGUACACGCCUAGGCCAUGAUAUCAAAUAAAGACGUGCUGGGUAGAAAGACGUAUAUGUAGUUAUUUAUUUCUCUUUUUUUUUCGUCGCAUUAUUUGAAUUCGGUUGACAACAGUGUAUCAGCUUAGACAUCAAGGUGCCCGAUGUCUUGUUGGUGUUAUAGCCUUGCACGACUUUGGCGUGAUGGUCAAUAUCUUUGUCUCUAACCCACUUGUAACGUGCAUCUACUGCUGAUCUACGAAAAAAAAACCGUUCCCACACGCAACCCAGUAAAUCGCUAUUGAUGCUGCUAGCGGCUGCCGUAUUAGCUUGAUGUGAAUCCGAUAUGCGGAUUGACAGCCACAGGGACCGGAGUUUGGAGGCGGC